CAUUUUGAUAAAGUAAAUAUGCAUUUUCGGGUUGGUGGACAGAUAAACAAACUGCAUAUUUAUGUGAACGACACGUACAUUAUGUGACAGCGAGAGGCUGUUUAACUUAUGGCAGGAUAAACUGGCUUCAACGAACUCUGAGACGGACUAGGAGCUUUCUCGAACAAAAGGAGUACGAGUGACUACGUCAACGACUAGCAUCUUUGCUAGCUUGGGAUAGUACGUUUUGUUCUUGCCAGACGUCAGAGAAGAAGAUCUUCGCCCUGGCAGCAAGAGUGGACCUCCAGGAUGGAGCAGGAGGAGUCGCAGCUCCUCCGAGUUAAUGAGGAAGAGGAGAAGCCACAGUCCCCCCCAUGUUAAAGAGGAAGAGGAGGAUCGCAGCAUGAGUCAGGAAGGAGAGCAUCUCAAAGGAUUAGAGGAGUUCCCAGUGAUUGGUGUUCCUGUGAAAAGUGAAGCUCAAAGUGAGAAGAGAAGCAGCAUCUCCACUCAACACGUAACAGAAGCUAAUGGAGACCACUGUGGAGUAUCUCAAGCGCUUUUAGCGCCGCUAUCUGACACUGACGACACAACGUCACACUCCCCUGACACUGAUGGUGAAGACUCCGAAACCGAUAUGACGCGUCACGCUGACAACGCACGCUGGAAAUGCUCUCAAUGUGACAAAACGUUUGUUAAGAAGGGAAAUCUGAAUAUACACACAAAACUUCACACAAGAGAGAAACCUUUUAUCUGCUCGGUUUGUGGCGAACUAUUCCCUCAGCGGUCAAAUUUGACGGCGCACACAAGAAUACACACCGGGGAGAAACCUUUUCGUUGCAGCAUUUGCGGUCAGAGUUUCUCUCAAAAAGCUGUUCUAAAAAGACACGGCAGAAUACACACUGGGGAGAAACCCUAUCCUUGCACAGUUUGCAGUAAAAAUUUCUCACAAAAAUGUCUUCUAAUAAGGCACACAAGGAUACACACCGGGGAGAAACCUUUUCCUUGCACAGUGUGUGGUAAAAGAUUUAAUGGCAAAUGUGAUUUAAAUAGACACAGAGUCAUGCACACCGGAGAGAAAGCUUUUUCUUGCACCGUGUGUGGGAGAAGAUUCAACCGAAAAGGUAACUUAAGUACACACGCUAGUAUACACGCUGGAAAGAAACCUUUUCCUUGCAUCGUGUGUGAUAAAAGAUUUUAUCGAAGAAGUCAUUUAAAAACCCACACAAGAACACACACUGGAGAGAAACCUUUUUCCUGUGCAGUCUGUGGAAAACGUUUCUGUCUUCAGAAAUCUUUUAUAAGACACCAGAACACACACCUGGAAAAUCUUUUUUAAAAUGUUUCUUCUGUUUGGGAAAAUGCAAUAAAGGCACAUUUAGACGCUUUUAUAGCACCCACUUAGACCUGGUCCACCUUGAAAACACACUUGGUUUCGACUUCCCAAGAUCUGGACUGGAUUCAUAUACAAGAGCCAAAAGAUUAGAGAGUCAGAGGAAGUCGCAGAAGAGGACAACAGACGUCCAUGACGUCAUCAUGGAGGCCUGAAAUAGGAUUCCAGAGGCAACCUGUGAUGUUCUGGUAAAUUAUAAUCGAAUAGUUAUCAGAUGAUGUCUUUUGUGAUUAGAAAUGUGUUCAUUGUUACUUUGCUUUGUCUUUUUUUUUUUAAAUAAAAGUCUUACUGGAAUGAAGAUCUUUGAAACUGGAUGGCUGAAUAGCAGCUCAGAACGGUACAGAAACGCUACUGCCGACCGCCUGCCACAGCUGCGAAACUACAAUGCGCACGCGCACAGCAGGCAGCCAUCUUGGAAACAUGUUCUAUUUCCGGGUAGCCUUCAAGAAUGCACAAAGGACGCCAUGGAUAAUUGCUGAAAAUACCGAAUGUGACCGACAUAGAUAUGAACUGACAGCGAGAGACUGUUUUAUUCGUGCCCGGAUAAAGUUACACAGAGUCCGAGGAGGGACUUUGUCGUGUUACACAGAGCAGAACAUCUCCCACCUGAGCAGCAGGAGUGGACCUCCAGGAUGGAGCAGGAGGAGCCACAGCUCCCCCGCAUUAAAGGGGAAGAGGAGGAUCGCAGCAUCAGCCCUGAAGGACUGGAUGAGUUCCCGGUGAUUGUUGUCACUAUGAAGGGCGAAGAUGAUGAUGAUGAUGAUGAUGACAGAGGUGAAAGUGAGGAGAAGAGAGAGGCGCAGCCUCCAAGCAGCAGCUCGGCUCAACACGUGACAAGAGAAGCUGAUGGAGACCACUGUGAAGGAUCACGAACACACAGCCUCUUAGCUCCGCUAUCAGAGAGUGACAACACGUCGUCACACUGUACUGACACGGACGAUGACGUCUUCGAAGCUGACAUGACACGUCGCGCUGACAACGCACGCUGGAAAUGCUCUCAGUGUGACAAAACGUUUGUUCACAAGAGAAAUCUAAUAAGACACAUGAGACACACCGGAGAGAAACCGUUUGCCUGCUCGGUUUGCGGUGACAGAUUCUCUCAGCGGUCACAUUUGAAGGAACACACGGGAACACACGGUGACGACAAACCUUUUCCUUGCUCGGCAUGCGGUAAAAGAUUCAAUCGAAAGUGUGAUUUAAAGAAACACACGGUAAUGCACACUGGAGACAAACGUUUUACUUGCUUAGCGUGCGGUAAAGGAUUCAAACGAAAAUGUGAUUUAAAGAAGCACACAAGUAUCCACACUGGAGAGAAAGCUUUUCCUUGCACGGUUUGUGGGAAAAGAUUUUACAGAAAAGGUAACUUAAAGAGGCACACAAUAAUGCACACGGGAGAGAAUCCUUUUUCCUGCUCAUUUUGCGGUAAAGGAUUCAGUAUUAAGUCUCACUUGGAGGAGCACACGAGCAUCCACACUGGAGAGAAAGCCUUUCCUUGUUCGUUGUGUGAGAAAAGAUUCCAUCGGAAAUGCGAUCUGAAUCGACACGCUAGCAUACACACUGGAGAGAAACCCUUUCCUUGCACGGUGUGCAACAAGAGAUUUUAUCGCAAAAGUUAUUUAAAAACACACAUAAGAACGCACACUGGAGAGAAACCUUUUUCCUGUGCGGUUUGCGCCCAAAGUUUCUCUCAUAAGAAGUCUUUGUUAAGACAUAAGAGCACACACUAGCAAAAAUCACUAAAAAAAAUCCCACAAAAGAGGAUUCCCGAGGCAUCCUUCAACAUGGAGAUUCAACUCCAUGCCCGAUUGCAAAUGGGCAUGUCUGAAUUGAAUGAUAUAAUAAUAAUAAUACAGUUAUAGGGGGCUCAAGGCUGCCUAAAUUCGACCUAAUGACGUGCAUGGUUCCACUCAAUGACCCAAUGUUUUUUUUCUUGUUUUGUGUGUCCCCGUGAUUGGCUUUUCUCAGUAAAGUUUUUUAUUUAUUUGACUUUGCUAUCGUUCUAAUACUGCCCACAUUUAUUGAGCGAUGAUAUAAAGUGUGAGAUUUUGUAAAAUCCUAACAAAAAUAGUCAGUUUGUGACUAUUAGGCAGUCAAAUUUGAGACUAUGCGCAAGAAAACACACCGGAAAGAAACAUUUUUCUUGUUUGGUGUGUGGUACAACAUUCAUUCGUAAAAGUAAGUUAAAAACACAAGAAUUUACACUCGGGAGAAACUUGAACACUUAAUUUAAAACUUUAUUUACACACCCAGUUGGAGGAACACAAUAAUACCUGGUGUAACAGAGUGUAUCGUUCCAUGGAGCAGAAAGUCCGCCAUGAUGGUAAGCAAGCGAGCUGGUUGGGGCUAGCUAAAAUACACUUUCAUUAAAUUAAUAUUAUUUGCCAAACAGAACAACGGUUAGCAUGUGUUUCACUUAAAAAAAACAUUUUUGCGAAAAGUUUCUUUUGACCUGCGUUCGUUUAUUUAGCGUCCAAAAUAUCAUCCGGUUUGCUAGCGCCUCUGUUUGGUAUCACGAGGCCAAGACGAACUCUCACGAUACUUGCACGUGAUCGCGCUAUGGGUUGUGGGCCGCCGGGCGCCAUUUUAGCUCAACAGCGUUUGUUUACAUCAGAGUAAACAACACGAACAAACACAUGGAACCAAACCUGCUAAUUUUACAACAUAAUAAGUCUCUGCGUUGGUUAUUUUUAAUAACUUUGCUAUACUGGAGCUAAUCAAUAAUACAAUAAAAUACAUUAAUGCCACUUCUGUUGUUGCUGAUGGCUUUGUAGUCUGGUCAUACGUGUCCUUCACUUCAUUUGUCAUUAAGAUGGUACGAGAGUUGGCAGAUGCGUUUAAUUAUCUUGUCUUUAUCCGAAAAGCCGUCAAAAGUUCAUGCUCUUUCGUUUUUAUUGAUAUCUACACGUAGGUCAUACCUGUGCAGCCUAAUGGUUUCUUACAUAUUCAUAUAUAUGUACAUGUAUUCAAUCUGUUCAGCAAAUAACAUCGUACACUGUUGUGCACUGUCAUGGCGGACUUUCCGCUCCAUGGCGUACGACAUUGUAUUACAUGCAUUGCCGGCUAACCUGGAUGUCUUGCUAUCUGUAGAGUCUUUGGUUAUGGGUUGCUGACCAGGGGGUUUAGCAUUGUGUCAGUUAGCAAUGUUAGUUCUUCUUUUAGCACUUUAGUUUUUGUUUGUUUGUUUAAGAUGAGCAACACCGCCUCGGUGUUCAUAGUUCCCUUAUUGUGUUCUUUGCAGCCCGGCUGAAUGUUUGUGUCCUUUAAAAAACUUUCAGUCGUUUUCACAAGAGUGUGUCCUUGCGUGUCUAGUCAACGUUGUCUUAUCUGCAAAGCUUUUACCACAAACCGAGCACGGAAAAGGUUUCUCUCCAGUGUGUAUUCUAGUGUGUCUUUUUAAACCGCCAUUGAGCUGGAAUCUUUUACCGCACAUGGUGCAAGGAAAGGGUCGAUCUCCGGUGUGGAUUCUUGUGUGUACUUCCAAAUUUCCCUUCUCAGUGAAACGUUUACCACAAACAACACAGGAAAAAGGUUUCUCUCCAGUGUGUACUUUAGAGUGUUUCUUUAAACCUCCUUUUUGAUUGAAUCUUUUACCGCACACUGUGCAGGGAAAAGGUUUCUCUCCAGUGUGCAUUAGUGUGUGUACUUUCAAAGCUGCCUUCACAGGGAAUCUUUCGCCACACGCUGUGCAAGAAAAAGGUUUCUCUCCAGUGUGUAUUCUUGUGUGUACUUUCAAAACUGACUGUAGGGAGAAUCUUUUACCGCAAACUAAGCAGGUGAAAGGUUUCUCUCCCGUGUGCUGUCUGGUGUGUUUUC